AUCUAGAGAUUCCAGUCUGCCCGCUGGCGUCUUUUGUGCCCAACAAUCUCACUAACUCUGUGCGACUGAAAUCUUCACUCAAAGCCGGCCAUCUAUUGAUGACUUGCCAGUAUUGGCUUCCGACAGAUCUAGUAUUCCCAGUCCGCCCGCUGGCGCUUUUCGUGCUUAACAGAGCUAUCGAAAAAUUAUGGAGAAAAAAAAAUUAUAGACUCGCCUGA